AUGCGCCGCGCCGCUGAGGGCCCCUGGCGGCAAAUAAUACAAACACAGGCGCUCGCAACGCGAGUACCUUCAAAUAACGAAGGCGCCCUUCUGCGAGUUUUGGUAGUGGAUCCGCAAGGCCUCGUCACAAUUUAUAGCCCCGACGAAACGUGGGUGGCACGUGACACAAAUUCUUCAAAUCAUGACGAGCAUAAAUGGACCUUAAAAGAGAUAUCCCUUAUUCAUCAAAAGGUUCUGGUAAUCGGAGAAAUCGCAUGGGAGCCGAGAAUAGCACGUGGCGUCUAUCUCGUGACGUGGGAAGUCGACGGUGGAGGUCUAAAAGGAAAUCUUUUUACCGAUUCCACCCGUGUAACCUUAUCGCUUUGGCCAGAUACGAUAUAUCACAUUCAAGUAGAACUAGUGUCUAGGACGCCUGGGGUAGAUAACGAAAAAUCUGAGACCAUGACCAUCGAUACCAGUCGAGCUCAACGUGUUUCAACAGAAAGUGUGCAAGAUGUCGAAGUAAGCGAAGGGGAUCGUUUAAUGUCAGUCUUAGUGAGCUCUAUGAGGGGUGAGCGCGUCCCCGAAAGAGGACCAGAUUCCGAAUUAGUGUUGGGAUGUUUAUCAGCCAUGAUCGCGUUCGGUCUAGCUGCAUUAGCCGCAAUUGUAUGGAGACGAAGGCGACGAGGCACUUUUCCUGGAACCAACGUGUAUGUUGGAUCCUCGUCCGUACUAAAACGAAAAUUAGUGGAGGAUUUCACUCCAACAAACCACUGUUUCCAACCUGUCCUAACGCCAGGAAUCGCAGCUAAUGAAAACAUUGUGCAUGACGUUAUUGUG